AUGUAUGCGAUGUCUAUUAGUGGAGAGGGUGCUCAGUACUUGCGUGUUCCGCCCGACCCGGGCAUUCAGGCCAGUCCGGCUGCCGCUCUAGGUGCUAGUGCGUCUGCUCCCACAGGUCCUGGUGAGGCUGCAGCCCUAGGUGCUAGUGCGUCCGUGCCCCCUGGUACUGAGUCGACUGCAGCACUGCACACCUUCACACUGGACUCAGGUGCUUCUCGCUCCUUCUUUCGUGACCGCACUGUCCUUGAGCCACUCGCUCGGCCAGUUGUUGUCUCCCUUGCUGACCCCUCUGGGGGUCCGGUCAUUGCGACCUCCUCCACUGUCCUUCCUUGUCCGGCGGUCCCGUCCGGCACGCUGUCAGGUCUCUACCUCCCCUCGUUCUCUACGAACUUGGUGGCAGGUAGUGCGCUCCAGGACGGGGGUGUUCACCAGUUCACCCCCGCCUACGAGCGCGUGACACACUGCACGUGUGCUCGGACGGGUCGCCACCUGGCUACCUUCACUCGGGAGCCGGGGUCGGACCUUUACACACUGACCACUGAGUCCCCUCAGGUAGCUGCGUCCGCGUCUGCGUCUGCGUCAGGUCAGCUGUCCGCCCCCUGCUCGUGUCGCUCUCUGGCGCAUGAGACUGUCCUUUGGCACCACCGCCUUGGUCACCCGUCUGUGCAGCGCCUUCGGGCCAUGCACAAACGGGACCUUGUUGCUGGUCUUCCCAGGGUACUCCCUCCCCUUCCAGACUCGCCUGCUCCUCCCUGUAUUCCCUGUGUCGAGGGGCGGCAGCGCGCCGCUCCUCACUCCUCCUCCUUUCCCCCGACGACUGCUCCUUUGCAGACGCUCCACUUGGACGUGUGGGGCCCAGCCCGCGUCCGUGGCCAGGGUCAGGAGAGGUACUUCCUGAUUGUUGUUGACGACUUCUCGCGCUUCACCACGGUCUUCCCCUUGCGCGCCAAGGGUGACGUCCCUGAUGUAUUGAUCCCCUGGAUCCGCAGAUCUCGUCUCCAGCUCAGUGAGCGUUUCCGCUCCGACUUCCCUGUCCUGCGUCUGCACUCUGACAGAGGUGGGGAGUUUACCUCUGGCCUCUUGGAGGCCUUCUGUCAGCAGGAGGGCAUUGAGCAGUCGUACACGCUUCCGGCCUCUCCACAGCAGAAUGGGGUUGCUGAGCGCCGCAUUGGCCUGGUCAUGGAGGUCGCUCGUACCUCCUUGAGCCAUGCGGCUGCCCCCCAUUUUCUGUGGCCGUUUGCAGUCCGAUACGCUGCGCAUCAGCUCAACCUCUGGCCCCGUGUCUCCUUGCCCGAGACUUCUCCGACACUGCGUUGGACGGGAGAGGCUGGCGAUGCGUCGCGUUUUCGGGUCUGGGGAUCCCGAGCUUUUGUCCGCGACACGUCCGCGGACAAGCUCUCCCGUCGCGCUGUCCCCUGCGUCUUCCUUGGCUUUGUCCCGGACGCCCCUGGCUGGCAGUUCUACCACCCCACCUCGCGUCGUGUCCUGGCCUCUCAGGACGUCACUUUUGACGAGUCCGUCCCCUACUACCGCCUCUUCCCCUACCGCACUGCCCCGCUCCCCCCCCCACCUCUCUUCCUCGCUCCAGGUGCUGAGGUACCAGACCCCCUCCCCCCUCAGGGUGCCGCUCCCUCAGGUGUGUCCCAGGUAGACCCGGGUGAGCCUGUCGAGGUAGCUGUUGACUCUCGUCCUGCUAGGGGUGCUGAGCCUGGGGGUGCUGCAUCUGGGGGUGCUGAGCCUGGGAGUGCUGAGUCUGGGGGUGCGGAGCCUGGAGGUGCGGAGCCUGGAGGUGCUGAGCCUGGGGGUGCUGAGUCUGGGGGUGCUGAGUCCGGGGGUGCUGAGCCUGAGCGUGCUACACCUGGAGGAGCCCUCUCCUCCCAGCAGCUGCAGGAGAGGUACCUCGAGUACUGCCGCCUCCGCAGAGGUGCUGCUGGAGCUCGUCCUGGUACUUCCCCUCCUACCCGGGAGCUCCCCCCCAUUCAGCAGAUCCGCGAGUGGUACACACGGCGCUGCAGUCUUCGGAGUGGUGCUCCUGGUGCUGCGGACCCUGGGGGUGGCGCUGCUGCUGGUGCUGAGGACCCGGACGUUGGAGCUGCUGCUGGUGCUGCGGACCCGCCUGGUGGAGCUGCUGCUGGUGCUGAGGACUCGGACGUUGGAGCUGCUGCUGGAGCUGAGGACCCGGGCGGUGGCGCUGCUGCUGGUGCUGAGGACCCGGACGUUGGAGCUUCUACUGGUGCUGAGGACCCGGGCGGUGGAGCUGCUGCUGGUGCUGAGGACUCGGACGGUGGAGCUGCUGCUGGAGCUGAGGACCCGAGCGGUGGCGCUGCUGCUGCUGCUGAGGACCCGGGCGUUGGAGCUACUACUGGUGCUGAGGACCCGGCCGGUGGAGCUGCUGCUGGUGCUGUGGACCCGGACGCUGGAGCUCCUACUGGUACUGAGGACCCGGCCGCUGGAGUCUCUUCUGCUUCUGGAGACGCUGCGCGGCCGCGACCGUACUUCGUACCGCUCCUUCAGCAGGUUCUUGGGCAGGCUCCUCCUCCUUGUCCUCCUCCCUCCGUAGAGUGUCCUCCGCCUGUCCAGCCGCAGUCACUGUUACCGCCUACCUCGCCUCUCCCUGCUCCCUCUCCUUACACUGGUCCCACAGGAGGUCUUACAGAGCGUCGUGAGCCUGAGUCUCGUCCUGCGUCGCCUGUUCGUCCUGCUCGCACUGGUAGUCGUGUCCGUCGUGAGCGUCCUCCUCCUGUCCCAGGCACUCACUACAUGACUCUGCGUCCCUCUACUGCUCCUCAGCGUGUCCCUCUACCGUCUCCUCCUGCGUCCUCUUUGCCUGACGUUCCGGCCCCUGAGUCUGACCGGUAUCGUGCUGAGCACCCUACUGUCACGCGUCUCCUCGCUACUGUUGUCACUGACCCUACCUUUGAGUCCUCGGCUGCGUCUGCUCUGGUCGCUGAGUUGGUUGACUUUGCUGCUGCCUGUCGUCUAGACUACGCUGCUAGCCUUGUUGCUGAGUCUGAGUCUGAGUCUGUCUGUCCUCCGUCCGUCGGGGGUGAGUGUGCUCUUGGCACGGACGUCCUUGAGGACAGACAGGAGGAGUUCCAGUGUCUUGCUGCUGCUUUGCCCCGUCUCGUGUCCUUGCUAGUUGCCCCUGAGGGAGACCCGGAUGCACCAGACAUCCCGACCCCGCGCACUUACGCUGAGGCGAUGGCGGGUCCCUACUCCUCUCAGUGGCAGACAGCCAUGGACGCCGAGAUGGCUUCCUGGAAGUCCACACGCACCUACGUCGACGAGGUUCCCCCUCCUUGGGCGAACAUCGUCAGUGGCAUGUGGAUUUUCAGGGUGAAGCGGCCGCCGGGUUCUCCGCCUGUCUUCAAGGCGCGUUACGUGGCUCGAGGCUUCAGUCAGCGAGAGGGAGUUGACUUCUUCCAGACCUUCUCCCCCACCCCAAAGAUGACUACUCUUCGGGUGCUGCUGCACAUAGCCGCUCACCGCGACUACGAGCUUCACUCACUUGACUUCAGCACUGCUUUCUUGCAGGGCAGCCUGCACGAGGAGAUCUGGCUGCGCCGCCCACCUGGCUUCACUGGGUCGUUUCCUCCUGGUACCCAGUGGAGGCUUCAGCGGCCGGUCUACGGUCUCCGCCAGGCUCCGCGUGAGUGGCACGACACACUGAGGACUACACUUGCGGCUCUUGGGUUCGCGCCUUCUACAGCUGACCCGUCGCUGUUCCUGCGCACAGACACUUCGCUGCCGCCGUUCUACAUCCUCGUGUACGUCGACGACUUGGUCUUUGCCACUGCUGACACUGCAGGACUCGCCUACGUGAAGUCGGAGCUGCAGAGGAGACACACGUGCACAGACCUGGGUGAGCUGACAAGCUAUCUUGGCUUGCGGAUCACCCGGGACAGAGCACGGCGCACCAUCACCCUGACUCAGUCACACAUGGUGCAGCAGGUUCUCCAGCGCUUCCGCUUCACGUACUCCUCGCCUCAGUCCACUCCUCUGCCUACCGGUCACUCGCUCUCAGCUCUGCCUUCGGAUGAGUCCGUAGAGCCGAGUGGCCCGUAUCCAGAGCUUGUGGGCUGCCUCAUGUACCUGAUGACCUGCACUCGACCUGGCCUUGCAUACCCUCUUAGCAUCCUUGCACGCUAUGUCGCUCCUGGCCGUCACAGGAAGGAGCACAUGGAUGCCGCUAAGAGGGUGUUGCGCUACUUGUGCAGUACGUCGGGCAUGGGGCUUGUGCUUGGAGGGCGAGACCGAGUUGUUCUCACAGGGCACUCAGACGCUUCUUGGGCAGACGACCAGGCCACUCAGCGGUCGUCUCAGGGUUACACCUUCAGCCUUGGCUCUGGCUCAGUUUCUUGGCGCUCUACACGCUCUUCUUCUGUUCUCGGCUCCAGUUGCGAGGCUGAGAUCUACGCUACAGCCAUGGCUGCCCAGGAGCUACGCUGGCUGACCUACCUGCUGACCGACCUCGGAGAGCGGCCUCGUUCUCCUCCAGUACUGUACGUCGACAACAAGGCUGCCAUUGCCUUGUGUGAGGAGCACAGACUGGAGCACAGAACGAAGCACAUCGCCCUGCGGUACUUCCUUGCUCGUGAGCUGCAGCAGCGCGGUCAGCUUUGUAUUCGCUACGUGGCCACUGAGGCCAACACUGCUGAUGUGUUCACCAAGGCGCUUCAGCCUCGUGACCAUCAGCGCUUCUGCACUCUACUAGGCCUUGUGCCUACUGGACCUCACUUACUUACCUCUUGA